AUGAUCACAUCGGCCAUUCUGUCCACUGAAGAAACAUCGUUACCAAAAGUGAACGAGCUAACGCAGAAAUGUCGUAAGGAAGCGGAUAAAUAUGGUCGGCUGCUGGAUGAAUAUCGCAUGGAAAUUGCGGAGAAAAGCGAACAUCAUGCGCAGCAGCUGGAAAUGAAGAAAGCAGAUUGCAAAAGUAAUUUAUUUUCUUUUCGACGAAGCAAUAAGCUGAAAUGGCUGACUGGCUCUUUCGCGGACACAAAAACAGCAGCAGCCGAUCCUUUGCGUGCUUCAAAUGCGUACAAAGAAAUCGCGGAUGCACUGCGAAACGCCAGUAAAGCGGUAAAAGGAGCAAAACAAACAGCGGAAUAUGCUUAUCUCGAUGCAGAUCCGAAAUCUGAAACUUCGAUGUGGCUCAAGCAGCCAAAAAUCAAAGUGUUACAAUUAAGCAACAAGCCGACGAGCUGA